AUGUCAGCCUCUUCGUCGGUAGAUUCGAGUCCUCGCUCAACCGUGUUCGACGACAAGAUGUCCAGUAGUGGUGCUUCCAGCAUCGACGAGAACCACGCAGGCUCCUCUCCCUCCUCUGGCUCCUCGUCGCUUGCUACUCGAACCAACAAAGAUGGCAAGACCGCCUCACCAAAGCACCAAAGCUGGCUAAGCUGGAUCGUCGACAAAUACACAAUCCAAUACUCGAUCCCACCAGCAUACGCUCCCGCAGCACUCCAAAUCUGCAUCACCACUUUCCCGCUCGGCAUACUCUUCGGUCUCGUCCUGCCCCGAAUCCUAAGCUUGCUCCUCUCCACGCUAACCAACCCAUGUUCACCCGCUCACAGCGCCUCUCAACCGUUCUACACACAUGCUCAACUAUCCCUCUACCUCGCAUCCUGGGUCGUUUUCCAUAUACUCGAAUUCACCGUCACUGCCUCGUACAACCCAACCCGUCUCUUUUCCGAUUCUUUCCUCCUUAACAACGGUAUACACUAUCACAUCGCCCAUACCUUGGCCCUUUUGGAAUUCUGCCUGACAGCAUAUUUCUACCCUUCAACAAAAACUCCUUCUAUCUUGACCUAUCUCGGUCUCGUGCUGGUGAUAGCAGGACAGAUUUUGAGAAGUAUGGCAAUGAUCCAUGCGCACAACAACUUCUCUCACGUCUUGGCGGAUAAAAAGAGGCAAGAUCACGAGCUGGUGACGAGUGGCGUAUAUGCCUGGACAAGACAUCCAAGCUAUGUCGGCUUUACUUAUUGGGCACUGGGUACACAGGUUAUGUUGGGGAACAAAGUGGCGUUGGUAGGGUUUGUGGGUGCACUCUGGUUGUUUUUCAGUAGGAGGAUUAGGGCCGAGGAGAGAUGGUUGAUGGAGUUUUUUGGGGACGAGUAUAAGGAGUAUAGGCAGACAGUUGGCACUGGCUUGCCUUUCAUUAGGUGA